GCAACAAUAAAAAAAACUAAAGAAACACAGACAAAGAGGGGCACUGCAAACACUCACUCAGUGAAGAGGACACACAAGAGGAUCACAGACGAUGGAGUUCCAGCCUCCAGCAGCCGCGUUAACUGCUGUGAUACUGAUGAUCAUCUGCUCCACAGCAGAACCUGAUGAUGUGAGACUGGUGGGUGGGAGCGGUCGCUGUGAUGGAGCAGUGGAGGUGUUUUAUAAUGGACACUGGAGGACAGUGAGUGGAGAUGGAUGGACCAGGAGAGACGCUGCUGUGGUGUGCAGACAGCUGGACUGUGGCUCUGCUGUUACAGCUACACAGAGACAGUUUGAGAGAGAGGAACAUGGUUUUUUUGUUGACUGUAAAGGAUCCGAGUCUGCGCUGAGUGAAUGCAGAUUUAUGGGAGUUAUUGGAUCCCUCCCUCAUGCAGUAUCUGCAUGUUUGGACUCUGUGAGGCUUGUGGAUGGAGCUGGACGCUGCUCUGGGAGACUGGAGGUGAUGGCCCAUCAGUCCUGGACCACAGUAUGUGAGACUGACUUUGACUGGCAGGAUGCAGAGGUGGUCUGUAGGGAGCUGGACUGUGGACCUCCACUAGCUCUACAGGGGGCGCUCUUUGGAGAAGGGAAACUCCCAUUUGGGACCAAGGAGUUCCAGUGUAAAGGCAAAGAGAACCAUCUCCUCAACUGUAGCUCCUCAGACAGACAGAAGAACACCUGCACACGUGGCAAAGCUGUGGGACUCACCUGCUCAGAGGUGAGACUGGUGAAUGGGAGCAGCCGGUGUGCUGGAACAGUGGAGGUGUUUCAUUAUGGAGACUGGAGGAGUGUAAGAGAACUUGGAUGGAGCAGGAGAAAGUCCGCUGUGGUCUGCAGACAGCUGGACUGUGGCUCUGCUGUUGCUGCUAAACAGAGAGAGCCUGAGGGAGAUGAGAAUAAACAGGGUGUUUUCACUUUCUGUGAUGGAUCUGAGUCUGCAGUGAGUGAAUGCAGAAUUUCCAACUAUUCUGGACCCUCCUCUGAUGUAGUAUCCACGUGUUCAGACUCUGUGAGGCUUGUGGAUGGAGCUGGACUCUGCUCUGGGAGAGUGGAGGUAAAGUCCCAUCAGUCCUGGACCACAGUAUGUGAGACUGGCUUUGAUUGGCAGGAUGCAGAGGUGGUCUGUAGGGAGCUGGACUGUGGCACUCCUCUAAGUCUACAGGGGGCGCUCUUUGGAGAAGGGAAACUCCCAUUUGGGACCAAAGAGUUCCUGUGUAAAGGCACAGAGAACCAUCUCCUUAACUGUAGCACCUCAGCCAGAGAGGAGAACACCUGCACAGGCAGCAAAGCUGUGGGACUCACCUGUUCAGGACCCGAUGAUGUGAGGCUGGUGGAGGGGGGCAGUCGCUGUGCUGGAACAGUGGAGAUGUUUUAUAGUGGAGAGUGGAGGAAAGUAAAUGGAUUGUACUGGUCCAUGAAUAAAACAGAUCUAGUGUGCAGACAGCUGGGCUGUGGCUCUGCUGCUGCAGACAAGAACAGAGAGCCUGAGAAAAACCUGCCCGAAUGGGAUCCCUUGCCUGAGUGUGUAGGUUCUGAAACUGCACUGAGGGAAUGCAGCAUUGGCCUUAUUUCAUAUCCUCGGCACAGAGUUAGCGUGAUCUGCUCAGAUUCUCUAUCAUCUACAAUCAUCAACAUAAAGCUGCUGGUGCUGUUUGUGAUGCUGUUCCUGAUGCUGAUAAUCUGCAUGUCUAUCUUCCUGAUCUUCAAGACAAGGGGUUAUUCCUUCACUAGAAACACAUCAGGUGCAGUCCAGAAAACGGGGUCCCUGCAGUCCAGAGAGGAAGAGCAGCAGAAUGUACACAGAGGAGCUGGAGAGAAGCUGCCCGUAGACUUGGAACAGGUGGUAAAUGAGAAGCAGGACAGGAAUUAGAUUCAUAGUCCGAGAGUUACGAACACUGAUGUGCAAAAGAGACAAUCUGCUUCUCUUUCAGCUCUAAAAUACCAGAAGAAAAACACUGGAGACUUUGGAGCUUUAAAAACGUCACUUGUAAUUUGACAUAGUCCUUUUCUCUACAUAACGCAGUGUAUUUACACCACUGCCCAAAGUACAUAUUUACGUGAAAAGAAACUUGGGCAGCAAACAGUUAAAACAAUCUUUUUCUGCAAAUGUUUCCACACAGUUUCUUUAUUGGAUUAAAUUUUAAAAGUGGAAAAAAUAACUACUGUGGCAUAUGCAAAAGUUUGGACACUCUUCUAGUAAUAAAAUCUCAGACUGAAUUAAUUCAUCAAUUGAUUUGUUAGGCUGGGUCAAUAAUGGACAUUAAGAAUUGUGUGUACUGCUUUCAUUCGUCAUGGAAAGGUCAUUUAAAGGUAACGUUACCUGCAAAAUCACCAUAAGAGUCAGCAUCUAAAAUGUGAAACAACAACAUUAAGGUAAGUGAUUAGAUACAAGUGCUUUGGAAUGAUGACGUACAAACGGAACUCUUUGGUGUGAAAAGCAAAAGGAUGUUUGGUUAAAAUAAAUGACACAUUUGUUGAAAAGAACACCUUGACUGUUAAUCUUGACCAUUAAAACGGUCUACUAUGGAUGUAUUAUGGGUAUCUAUGAUGCUUUAGGGCUGUGUGGCAGCCACUGUCACAGGGAACAUUGCAUUGGUAGAUGGGAGAAUGGCUUCCACAAAAUAUCAGGAAAAAUGUGACGCAGUCAGGAAACUACAGUUCCAAAGAGUCUGGGUUGUGCAACGGGAUAAUGAUCCAAAACAUACAUUAAAAUCCAUCAUGAGCAACUUUUUGCGCAAGCUGUAGCUUUCAGAAUGACCCUCACACUCCACUAACUUGAACACCAUUGAAAAUCUGUCAGUAGAUCUUAAACAUGCUAUGCAUGCAAGACUGCCAAGGAACAUAUGAAGAGUGGUUGAAAAUUCCUAAAACAAUAAUAGAAAGACUUCUCGCUGCUUCUGGCGACAAAGAUUGUACUAAUUCAGUAGGCUGUCCAAAUUUUGGCACAUGCCACAGUUACUUUUUUGCUUGUUCAAGUUAAUCAUAUAUAUGUUAAUUGUGCAUUAAGACAUGCAGACUUUUUAAAUAGUUUGCUGCAGUUCUUAUGUUUACUUCUUUUCACACAGUUUGUCCACGCAAAAUACAAUAAACAACUUUUGUAUUGAACUGUACAUGUUGACUAGUUACAUAAUAUUUGGGUUGAAUUUGGUAAAUGUUUGUUUUCUCUUUGUUCUGUUUUUCUUAUCAACACUACUAUUAGGUAAACUGGAUCCUGUUGAAUUGCUGCAAGAAACAACUUUCCCGUGUGUGGUUUCUCGGUAUAAUUCUUAGUAAUGUGGUUCAUAAUCGGGCCACAAUGACCACAAGAGCUUUAGACAUAAACUAUGUAGGAUGGGAAAAAAGUAGCUGGUGUUUAGUUAGAGAAUUACAAUGCAAUGAAGUAAAGUUUCCUAAAUAUGAAGGAUCAUUGUUGGUGUGACAUUCCUCCUGUAACACCACAUUUUUUGUUUCUUUUAAAAGUAAAUUACAGACAGCUUCCUAGAUUCACAUCACCUGACUAUUGAACUGUUAACACCUGUUUGAAAUAAACUGUAUUUUGUAUAAUGUAAUUCUUUAUUUUGGAAUAAAACUUAGCAGGAUGACUUUA